AUGGCUUCUCCGACUAUUGUCCUCGUCACUGGUGCCGGCCGUGGCAUUGGCCGUGGUAUCUUUGAGCUGUACGCUGCAAAGCCCAACCACACCCUCAUCGCCGCCAACCGCAACCCCGACGACGGCCCGUCCCAGGAGCUGCUCAAGCUGCCCACAGCCGAGGGCACCACGGUCCAGCUAGUUAAAAUUGAGGCGACAGACGACAAUGAUGCGCUCAGCGCCGUCGAGACCUUGAGGUCGCGCGGCAUCAAUCAUAUUGAUAUUCUGAUUGCCAAUGCCGGCAAGGCGACCAGCUGGCCGAAGCUCGAGGACGCCAAGAUUCCCGACAUUCAAGAUCACAUCAACACCAAUGUAUUUGGCUUUGUGCGGCUGUAUCAGGCAGUUUUGCCGCUACUGAAGGCAUCCAAGAGCCCCAAACUCAUCAUGAUUGGAUCUAGCGCUGCAUUUUUGACGUAA